GUCUCCGUGCACGAAACUUCGCGAGGUAUGAAGGCAGCUAGAAUGCGUUGUUGUGUUUGCUUGGGUAUAUUACGAUUCGCGCACGCGAUGCUAACAUCAUAGGGAUUCUUAGUCUAUCGCGCUAGCCACUUCGGGUUUGAAGUGUUUACUCUUCGGCUAGGGCUGGGUUCGCCAACACUUGUACUGCAUUCGAAGGUCGCUAUCAUUCGCAGCUUUACGUAGUGUGGAAUAUUCAAUCACUCGGAGCAUCCGAUUCCAGGCGAGAUGGUACGAUUAUCAGGACUUCAGAAGGACGUAUUGUCGCUCUACCGACAAUGCUUAAGAGCUGUGAAGCAGAAGCCAACGGAGACGCAGUCACAUUUCCGAGAUUUUGCAAGAUCUGAGUUUCACAAGCAUAGAGACGUCGGUAAAAAGGAUUUUGGCACCAUCGAGUACUUACUUAGAAGAGGAAGAAAUCAAUUGGAAACAUGGUCUGAGCCAGGUAUCCGAGACAUCCACAGGUAGCGGGAGAAUGCCAGAUCGAAGUUUGCACGUCGAAGCGGCGCAUUGCUGGGCGGCGAGCCAACGACACAUCAAUACAGUUCAUCAGACCAGCACCAUGCAGCUCGUUCCGCCAUCGCGGGGUAGUGACAUGUUCCUUGGACAACUCUUGCAUCACAUGUUGCUUCCGCGCUGGAAACUUCGAGCAUCACCAUCACGUGACCUGCUCUGAGCCAUUACUCUGAACUUUCUAGUUGGUGCUUGCCCCCUCUCGAAGCAUGAUCUUCCGGGCACAUGCCAUUA